AUGUCAAGAUGCCACACUUUUGAUGAUCUACAAAUAAUGGUUAAAGAACAACGAAACCAAGGUCAUCUGGCUAAAGACUGCUGUGCUGUGUCGUUUAUUGAGAACUUGACAGCUGAAAACCUAAACAUGGACAAAGAGGAGUUUGACCAGUAUAUGAGUGGACAAAUCAUAGCUCCAAGCACUUGGGAAACUGCUUUGAUCAUGUGUGAGGGCAAACACUUAAUGAAUGAACACAAAGCGAUUUUCAAGGAUCUUCAUCACAGAUCUGAUAUCUUUAUGGAAGAUAUUAAUCAGCUCAAAGAAGAAAUGCACAGUUUUGAAGAACUUGUAAAGAAACGAGUGAAUGGCAUGAUAGUGCAGUUCCCUCUAGAAGUUCGACCCAGGAAGGCAGUGUUGCGUCCUCUGUCUCUCAACUGUCUUGGAACUCCUGUAACCCUGGACCAGGAGGACCCUGCGAUCACACAACUACCACCUCCCAUCACACCUCAGGUACUUGCACACAUUCUGUGA